CUGGAGAAGUGACCCUUUUCUAUAGACUACCACUUUUGAAGAAGUAUCAUUAAUAGUGCCAUCAGGUGAGUGGAAAUAAAUAUAAAAUUUCAUGAAUAAAUAACCUAUUGACUAAAGGGUUGGGGGGGGGGCGAAGUUUGGUUGAUAUAUAAGAUUUUUCGGACAGAUAAGUAUGCAGACAAUGGUGGGGGCCUCUCGACAGAAUGGGUACUUACACUAGAGACCGACCGAAUUUCGGCUUCGGUUUCGGCGAACGCUUCUCACAGCUGCAUGAUCACUUACUUGUCCCAUAUUUCCAAAAAAUGUAAUUAUGUAAUUUCAAUGAGGCAAAGGGAAAGUAAGCAGUUUUUUGUAAAAAACAAAAAAACAAACAAAAAAAACCCAGGGGAAUGGUGAUUUUAAAAAUAAUUAUUUUUGUGUUAAAAUUUUAUCACCAUUUGGGACCCUAGGUUUAUUCAAAUCAUUCAUUUUUUAGUUAUGUUUUGAGUUGUCCUUAUCUUGAUCAUAAAUGUGACCAAUGACAAAGUUAAAUUGUGUUGUGAAAAAAAAGUCUGGUCACCUUUACUUUAUAUUUUUUAAAUUAUACUUUUAUUUUUUUAAUUAUGUAUUAAUAUGUACUCAUGCAGAUAUAACUAUUAUGAUGUUGUUAAUUCUUAUCAAAUAAUUUAUUUAAUGUCUCUUAACACACAUUUUAUAGCCUAACUUUUAUAUCUCACAAUUUUAAACAAUUCAUUGACUAUUAUGUCAAUACUUUUACACUUCAUUUGAUUAUAAUUAUUAUUAUUGAUCAUAAUUGAUCAAAUUGAUUAUAAUUAAGGACUAAAGCCUAAUACUAAAUAACACUAGACUUGAAGACUAAAAUUAUAAGUAAAGACACACAUUAAGUAGGCUAAGUAUUAAAUAUUAAAUGAACGUCACAAUUAAUUUUUUUUUUUUUAAUUAAAUAUUUAAAAAAUAAAUACUAACUUUAAUUAGGCCUCUAAUAAUGUUGUUGUAGUAAUAAUAAUAUAGUAGCAUACUAUUAUUAUCCUAUUGUUACACACUGACUUGUAUUGGGAGAAAUUAAUCUCCUAUUUUAAUUUUAAUUGGCUCGUUGUAAACAGUGCCUAACAAAGGACGAUACCAUAUAAUCAACAAUAUUAAAGAUACGACCCAAAACAGUUUCUAGUUACAAUUAAUUAAGAUUUAUUAAGUCUUAAGAUAAUUACAAAAUAAAAUAAAAUAAAAUUACAAUCUUCAACUUACAGUAUGGCAGAUGUCGUACCGGUACACAGUUAAUACAAUUAGAAAUAAUGAUGCCAAUAAAUAAUGCGAAAUAAACACAUAUAAGUAGGAGCACACAAAUACACAAAGAAUAAAACACGCCUCGUAAUGUUAAGAAAAUCUAUCUGAAAUCUCCGUCCCUCGUCCGUGCCUGUCAAUCCCUUAUAUAGGUGGGUCUACCGACGCCCAAGCCCUGCCUUCGAGACAUUUCGAGAAAAAUCCCAAUCAUUCUACCAAAUACUAUUUGGAACAGAUUAAUUAUUUUUAUUCGUUGGCGACGUCAACAAGUUACUUCAAAGGCCUAAGCCACACCCCUUUGUGAACACAGCGUCUCAUGCGGGGUCAAUCAGAGGGCACGCACGAGAAAAUAUGAUGUAAACAAGCUCUCUAUAACACUAUAUAUUAUAAACCUACUAUUACUUUUUUUUUUUUAAAUAUCGUAAGCAUAGUAAUAGUUACAGUAGGUGGAGAAGAUGUUGGUAUGUCAAUGAUCUCUGUUUACUAAAAAUAAAUAUUUAAAAUGUUUGGAUUUAUUCAUAGAAAUAAAUCUUGCAGGCGAAUUGUGUGAUCCAGCUAUUCUAUAGAAUGCCGAGUCAAAGUGUGAAAUGCAUAAGCCAUUAUACAAGUUGCCUACGCAUUCUAUAGACCGGCUGCAUUACACAAUUUGAUUGUAAUGGUUUCUGGUGAGGAUCGAAAAAAGUGUAACAUUUAUUUUUUCCGCUAAUAAAGUGUGUCUGUGUGUUUGUGUGUGUGUAAUGAUAAGCUAAAAUGGCUAAUAUCCAAAUGGAAAAAUGGUAAAUUAACAAUUUCAAAGUUAGUUGCCAAUCAAGCAUGAAUGGUAAAAAGAUAUGUUUGUAUCUCAUUAAGUUCAGUUGGCUAAAAUGAGGUAGUUAAGUAAUUUUUUAGCUAAAGAGGGUUAAAGUAUAACACAAAAAAUAGGAAAAUUGGGGAGGGAGGUGUCACUGCCAUGAGUAAAUGGUAUGACAGUCACAUAGACGAAUAAAUAUUGACCCAAAAAUCUUUCCGUCCUCUCUCGCGGUGCACCGAACGUAUAGGAAAAUGAGUUUUGAAAUAGUUAAGGCCUUAGAUUUGGGCUUCGGUUUCGGCCUAAAGGUCGCGUUAAACUUUUGGUUUUGGCUUUGGUUUUGACCUAGAGGUCUCGUUAAACUUUUGGUUUUGGCUUCGGUUUCGACCAAGAGGUCUCGUUAAACUUUUGGUUUUGGCUUCGGUUUUGGCUGAAAGGUGUGGUUAAAAUGUUGCCGAAAGUCAUUUUUUUAAAAACUUUCGGUCUGUUUUCUGUUUCGUCCGAAGUCAGAUAAUCACUUUCGGCCGGUCUCUAACUUACACUAAUAAAAUAUUGAUCCUUUUUUUAAAAACAGCUUUAGUCUUUAUAUUUCUUAAAUUAAGCCAACAGUCAACAACAACAAAAUUUGAAAUCAAAAUUCAAAAUAAUUAAUCGACGAAAAAUUACGAAGCGGUGGGGCGCUUAAAAAGGGGAGAACCGCCCAUGAGAUUAUAUUAACACGGCCUACGGUGACUUUGCUUAAACUAGGAAUUUAGAUUUGGUACAACUUUCUUACAGCUCGAAGUUUAAAAAAAGCUUAAAAUUGAUUAAACAAAAAGUGUACAAUUUGUACGUUUUAAUUUAUUAAAAUUAAUGUACUAUUUGUUAUCGCAGAUGUUUUGCAGUUUUUUUUACCCCUCACUCUUCUACAAUCUAAGUAGCCCUACACUACUACAGAUAUCUCGCCAUACAAUAUUAAAACUAUGUAGUACCCAAUUCUCCAACAAAAUUAUGUUGCCCAACUCGUUUAACAGCUAUCUUACCCCUUUUUUUUCUGCAGCUUUGCGGCCGUACCUUACUACAGCCUUGUUGCCCUACUCUACGGCAUCUAUCGCCCAACUACGGUGCAGAUAGGUCGCCUCCCUUCUUCUACCAGCGACGUUGUCCCUUUCUUCUAUAGCUGUGUUUCCUUUUUCGUUGCGUUUUCUUGCUGUCGAAUACGUUUCUAAAGCAUUUUGAUUCAUUUGAAUAAAUUACAAUAAAAAAACCCAAGAAAACGCAACCGACAUCAAACAACCGUCCCCCUUUUGGAUUUCCCGGAACAUGGAGCUGAGCUGAAGAAAGGAUCUGGAGCUUACAAAGGAAUAUUCGAACCGAAUCUCAGACAUAAAAAUUCGGCUUCAAAUCCCUAGCAUAAAGUUUUUUUCCUUAAACACAAGUUUAUGAAUAAAACAUGAGUGUGGGUGGUGAACAUUUUAUUUUUUCCAAUUCAUAUUUUGGGGUUGGGGUAUCCAGGGGGAAGGGGGUUAUGAAAUAUUUAUUUUACGCAAGGAUCGCCUUUAUGCCUUAGGUUUAAAUUUGGGUAAAAAAUGAAAUUGAUUAAUAAAUGUUGAAAUUUCAAAAGUUCCAAAUAGAGCCAAAGACUUCCAAACACUUUAAUAUCGAAUUUAAAUUGGUCGUCAACAUUUUUUUCUUGAUAAGGAUCGAUAAGAAUGUCUUGUCUUGUUGUUUUUUGUUUUUUUUGGUAGCCGUAUUGAUCGGGCUAAAUUCAAUGUGUCCUUCAGGCAGACGUGUCAAAUGGUGUUGCAAACUCCGCUAAGAAGAAUCUCAUCUCAGUCCAAUCCAAAUUCUUCUGAGCAAUGGAUUUGUCUACCUCUCUUUGAUAUUGGUAUCCGGUGGUGUUUUGAAAACUCCUAUUUCCGGUAACAACACUGACGAUCACUUAAAGUUUUUAACGAUACUCUUAUGUCAUGUCAUCUUUUCAUCUAUCCUAUCUGCCGAGGAAGGCUGUUAGCCGAAACGUCCUUUGCUUAAUGUCCCGUCUUUUGAUUUAAGCUUCCACAAACCUUGUCCCGCUAUUUCAUUCACACAGCUUUGAACGCAGUGAUUUAUUAUUGCUUUUCCCAUGCAUGCUGUACUUAGUAUGCGUGUAGUCAAAUUCUUCUGUUACUUCAAACUCUCCACUGACACCGCGGGCGCAAUAACGUGAAAUUUCCUUCCGGAUGUGAGCCACCUUCCGCUGUUGGCUUGCUGCUGGUUUAAGGUAUUGAUCAACCGUACAAGUUUACUACAAUAUAUUUUUCAUGCCUUACUUAGAAAACUUUAUUUCUUUUUUUUCCCCUCUCUCUACACAGGAAAAAUAAUGCUUUCAAAGGACAAAACACUGUACUUGCUGGUUAUGAUAUCUGUCGGGUUAACUCUGUUCUGGUGGAGGUGAGAUUUUUUAGGUUUUAUUAUACAAUGACAUAAAGGCAUAAAUAAAUAUUUUAAUACUCAAAUCUCCUUCUAAAUUAAAAAAAAAUUGCUCAAAGUUGUAUAAUGAAAUAUUUAUAAAUAUAUUACUGACUUAUGUUGGGGUCGUUGUUUUGAAUAUUAUAUACUUUUUAAUAAACAAAUUAACAUAGAUCAUCCAUAUGUAUGCUUUACAUUUAACGAUAUAAUUUUAAUGCUAAUGAAUUAUCCUGUUAUAUAUUAAUGUUUCCUAUAUGAAUUGAAAGUUAUUUCAAGGUUCCUUAUUUUUUUAUUUUUUUAGUACAAUUCAGAUUAUAUUAAGUUGCUAAAUAAAGCGAUAGCUAAAUAUUUUUUUAGUCUAACCCUAGACACGGGUCAAAACAUUUUUAGUUUAUACUAACUUGAGAUAUUAAACUUUCAAUAUUUCUGGAAAUGUUGUGUGUACAAUAAUUUCACAAUUGCGAAUCUCUGAUACAAUAGUUUUACUACAAUUAAUCAAUUUUACAAUGAUUGACCAUUAACCCCGAUACCAAAUUUUCCAAAUAAACUCCAAUACAGUAGAUUUAUCAUAAACUCCAUUACAAUUAUUUCACCAUAACUUAUCUCUGAUAAAAUAAUAAGACUAUAAUUAAUACAACAGAAAUUCUGAUACAAUAAUAUCCCCAAUAACUAUAAAACAAUAAUUUUAUCCAUAAACUCCGAUACCAAAAUUUUGUCAUAAACUCGGAUACAAUAAUUUCCAAAAAAAUAAAUUUUACCAUUUUGGCUAAAUGGUGUAUGUUACACAAUGUAGAUGUGUAACUUUCGUAUCAUUUAUCCCCAGCUGGUGUCUAGAUGUUUUAUUUAAAAGACAAAUCAACACAGAAGACACGUAUUUUCGCUAAAAAUACACCUAUGUUUAAUUCGAAAGAAAGCCUACUAGCAAUUUCAUUAAAGUGAAACGAGCCUAUUUAUUUACGUUCAAUUUCAAACGCUCCAAUGAAAUCAAAAUGUAAAGAGCAGUCAAUUAAAGGGCUAAAAGUAACGCAUUAGAUUAACAUUUCCAAAUAAUCUUUUGCAACUUAGGUUCAAAUGACUAUGGGUAUUGGCCUCCCGUAAUAAAUUAACAUUUCAUAACCCUUGCAGAAAAUAGUAGAACAAGGUAUGUGGAAGCUUGACAUAGAAAGACAGGGGGAUAAAAGAAGACGGUUUCGACUAAGAGCCUUCCUCGGGAGGCAGGACAAAUAAAAAAAGAAAAAAACAACAGUAAAAAAAACUGAGUUAUCGGCAAUUGUUAUUGCCGGAAGUUGGGUUUCUAUUCAUCGCCAAGAAACAAUGCAUUGUAUUAGGACAAAUAUGUUCUGACCGUUUAUAAGUUACUAGAAUAAAUGACCCGAUUUUAUCGGGAUAAUAACGAUAGUUCCAUUUCAAUAACUUCUACCUGCCAUUGCAAAAACUCAUCACAAAUCCUUACUUUAAAAAGAAGUAUCUGUGCAAUAAUAUUUACGUUUCAAACAUAAUUAAGUGUUGAAAAAUCUGUAUCUGUUAUAUAUUAUACCCUUACCCUACUCUCUUUCACGCCCCUAAAUUAUUUUUUCCACCUUCUUCUUCUUCUUCUAUAUCUUAAGGGCUCACGAUCAAUUUAUUGAUCAUUUUGGCUCCUAUGCAUGUAGAUGGGAUUUGCAAUGUUUCUGUUACUGGUGGUGAUGAGGAAAUUAUGCACUAGGGAUUCUUCUUCUUCUUCUAUAUCUUAAGGGCUCACGAUCAAUUUAUUGAUCAUUUUGGCUCCUAUGCAUGUAGAUGGGAUUUGCAAUGUUUCUGUUACUGGUGGUGAUGAGGAAAUUAUGCACUAGGGGUUUGAAGGCUUGAGGCAAUAGACACAAAUGUGUCUAGUGUUGUCGCCUCAACUGUUCCUUUUGAAAGAUGGUUCCAGUCCCUGAUUGUCUUGGGCAGGACAUUAAAUUAGCUAGACGAACUUAUAACCAAUUAUAUCACUUUUGUCACUAAAGAAGUUAAUUGAGUGACGAUUUCUACGCUAGAGAAAUAAUCUAGAAUUACCCCUUUUCAUGAAUUUAAUUUACAUUUUUUUUCUAAAAAAAUUGGGGGAAAAACAUCAUAAAUAAUAAUGAGAUAUAGAUUAUAUUUAAUACGAAAUGAAUUUGAUAUAUUGAUAUCUUCAUUAAAAAUGUAAACACAUUUUUUCCUUGUUUUUAAAAAAAAAUUAUACACUAUCAGAAAAUCGUAAAAUAAAGAAUUCUUUUAUCUAAAGAAGAAACUCGCAUCAUUGUUCACGCCUAUAACAGACUUGAGUGUAUUUUUAAAAAAAAUAAAAAUUGUUAAUCUCUUAAAAAAACCAAACCUGAUUAUUUUUUGCAAAGUAAAAACACUAAUAUGUUUUCAUUUUUUGAAAGUAAAUACUAACCCAUCUCUAUUUUUCAAAAUUAAUUUUUCAAGUGUGUAAAAUAAUUGGGUUUUGAUAUUCAUGGAUAUACUUAUCUAAAUGUACCCACGAUUCGUUAACGCCUUAAACAUUUUUUUAAUUGGUAACAUCUCUUUUUUUCCACCAAUGUAAUAACAUAGGAGUUAACUAUAUUGUCAUCCACUUAAAUAAUGUACACAUCUUAUUUCCUACCUCCGACAUGUAUUUACCCAAGAAAAUUAAAUAUUUAUCCAAUUCAAUCCUUUAUUUUAAGACUUUUUUAUGCUGCUUGGGGCAAAUGAUCAUACACAUAUUUGUAAAAAGAAAAUGUAACAUUUUUUUCUCAAAAAAUAUAUUACCCUAGGAUUUAAAUAUAUUUUCAUCCACGUGAAAAUGUACACAUCUUAUUUCGUACUUCCGAUAUGUAUGUACCCAAGAAGGCUAAUUUUUUAUCAAAUUAAUUCCUUUAUUUUAAGACAUAUCUUGUGCGGCUUUGGACAAAAUGAACAUACCCAUAUUUGUAAAUGAUAAAUGUAGCCUCUCUUUUUUCACAAAUGUAAUACCAUAUGAUUUAAAUAUAUUGUUAUCCGCGUAAAAUGUACACAUCUUAUUUCCUACCUCCGAUAUGAAUGUAAACAAGAAGGUUGAUUAGUUAUCAAUUCAUUCCUUUAUUUUGAGACGUAUCUUGUGCUGCCUGUGGCAACGUGACCAAAACCGGAUUAAAAUAUAAUGAUACAAUCUUCCACAGGAUUGUAGUCCCUUCCAUACCCAAACGAACAUAUUUUGCACUUCAUAUGUUUCGUUCUUUUUUGUAUGAGUUAUAAGUGGAUUAGUGAAUGCUAUUUUGCUUUGGAGUUGUGCUGCACUGAUUGCCUUAAACGGCAUUUUCUAAAUAGAAGUAUAUUUAAAGGUUACGUUUUUAUUAUGUUAUAACUUUAAUAAAAGUAUAUGUUCGGAAUUAAAAAAGUAAAACUUAUUAAAUGUUAAAAAUACAAAUCUAAAAUGUUCGUGUGUUUUAUUAUCAAUUUAAAGAGCACGCAAUUAAAUUUAUACAUUUUACUUUUAAGAAGGGGGAAAUAAUUCAUCAGUUUGUAACGCCCGGUUACUAAAUCAAAGAAACUUAAGAAUUUUGGCUAACAUUAGCGAUUCGCGUUAUGACGUCAUUUGCGUGUUUAUUAAGAAGAAAUAAAUUUUAAUUUUAUUUCGCAAUAGUAAUAGCGCACUAAAAACACAAUUUAAAAAAAACAACAACUGAUGUUUGGAUUUUCCCUAUAAUUGUGAUUACGAUGUCAUUAUUAGAUCAUAAUUUUAUCAUGAAUGUUUUUUGUUGGAUAAUUUUUUAAUUCGGAUAAACUGCUUAAAAUAGCUCCUAAGUUGUUAAUUUAAAUGUAUUUGUAAUUUUUAAUAACAAUGCUGAAAUUUUUACUAAAAUAGAAGCGGAUUUAAAAUAUUUUUUGCGCAUUUAAAUGUGUUCGAUUUCCAUAAAAUAAUCGAAAAUAACUAUGAUUGUUUUAUUGGGAUCCGAAUGUACUUAAAUCGUGUUCGGUUCUUUGGCGUUAUGUCACGAUAAAUCAUUUUAAUAUGAUUAUUAUAAUCAAUAUGAAACAAGCAAUGAUUCGCAUGGAUCUAUCAUUCAAUGAGGUCACUUCAGUGUUUGGAGUGGGACCUCCUCUCCACGUAUUCUUAAGUUUUAUAGCGGGGACGAAAGUGAACUGCCUGUCUGUACGUUUUGUGGAAAGCCUUUCCAGCUGUACGUUGUGGAUAGCUUUGCCACCUACACGUCGAGGAUAGCCUUUCCAGCUGUACGCUGUGGAACAUCCGAGAGGUAUAUGGGUGUAGAUCCUUUGAACCUGGCAGGCUCACGAUUUGGUAGGCAGAGGUAUAGACAUGAGCGGACUCCUUUGAAUCAGGCACCAGAAAUUAUAUUCAAAUCCAGCUGCUUAGAUGGUUUGUUGUAAAGCAAUCCCGCAAACAGGCUAAAAGAUGUCAGAAAUAGGAAGACAAAAACCUUUCCUAAUGGUCAUGAGCUGAGAUGUCUGAACUCAAAAAAAAAAAAAAAAAAGAAAUUCAGAUCGAGACAUUGUAGGGAGAAUGAGCUUUUACAUAAAAAAACCUUUCCUAAUGGUCAUGAGCUGAGAUGUCAGAACUAAAAAAAAAAAAAAAAAAAAAGAAAUUCAGAUCGAGACCUUGUAGGGAGCAUGAGCUUUUACAUAUAGAUCAUCCAGUAUUUGGACAACGUAGUUUACCCUUAGUAUCAGCACAAUCAUGGGUGUCUGGCACAGACGUUGGGCAAAGGUUUUCCGAAUCAAAAUAAUCUAAGCGAAUUAUAAGAUAAUACAUAUGUUGAUGUAAUACGUCCCGCUAUUUUAUUGACACGAAGCAUGAGAUAAAAAAUAUCUAAAAUCUAUUUAACCACCAGUUAGUUAGGAAUAAAGUUUUAGUGUAAAUAAUUGUUUAAAAAAAAAAAAAAAAAAAAAAAAAAAAAAAGUGUGUCCGGCUUGGAGUCUUUGUUCACCAAAACAAUGAAAUUAUCUCCCGUUACACAUCUGCAAUGUACCGACAAUCCAAGCCUUUAAAACUGCAUUCAAUGCUAAUCUCUUCAAACUCUACUUUUCCCACACAUUCUCACCCCUCAACCGACUGAUAAACAACGCUCAAUUCUGCUGAGUGCCGUCCAUGGCUAAGACAAAAGGAUACAGUUCUUGGGUGGGUGAUGUCAAGCUUUUCACCAAUUGUUGUAUUUAAAUGUAAACGUUUCUUAAUUGCCAAUUUUUAUGUGAAGCGCAGCGAGCCUAGUCCUAGUCUGGGAUACUGCAGUGAGCCUGGCCCUAAGCAGGGGUACUGCAGUGAGCCUGGACCUAAGCUAGGGUACUGCAGUGAGCCUGGUCCUAGUCUGGGAUACUGCAGUGAGCCUGGCCCUAAGCUGGGGGUACUGCAGUGAGCCUGGCCCUAGGCUGGGGUACUGCAGUGAGCCUGGUCCUAGUCUGGGGUACUGCAGUGAGCCUGGCCCUAGUCUGGGAUACUGCAGUGAGUCUGGCCCUAAGCUGGGGUACUGCAGUGAGCCUGGCCCUAAGCUGGGGUACUGCAGUGAGCCUGGCCCUAGGCUGGGGUACUGCAGUGAGCCAGGCCCUAGUCUGGGAUACUGCAGUGAGCCUGGCCCUAGUCUAAGAUACUGCGGUGAGCCUGAUGGGGUACUGCAGUGAGCCUGGCCCUAAGCUGGGGUACUGCAGUGAGCCUGGCCCUAGGCUGGGGUACUGCAGUGAGCCUGGCCCUAGUCUGGGAUACUGCAGUGAGCCUGGCCCUAGUCUGAGAUACUGCGGUGAGCCUGGCCCUAGUCUGGGGUACUGCGCCAUAUAAAGCCACCUAAUAAUAAUAAUUAAUAUAACAAAAAUUAAAAUAAUAAUGUCCGUAUUGCCGCAACAUAAUGAUAAUACUUAUUAGUUUUUACAAGAUUCAUCAGUGAUCGAAAUAAGUAAAGCAAUAUUACUUAAAGUCAUGGUAUAAAUGUAUUGAUUUAAAACGAUCAAAAGUGGCGACUGCAACGUUGUAUGCAUAUUUGAGGCAGAUUUUUUCAUGUGUCUUUUUUUUCCUUCUAUAUAUUAAUGGCACACGAUCAAUUUAUUGAUCAUUUUGGCACAUUUGCAUGGAGAGGGGAUUUGCAAUGUUUCUGUGCCUGGUGUUGAUGAGGAUUUUUUCACUGGAUACAAGGGCUACUUUCUGAGGGUACCAUGCACUGGGGGUUCGAAGGCCUGAGGCAAUAGACGCAAAUAUGUCAAGUAUUGUCAUCUCAACAGUUCCUUUUGAAAGCUUUUUCCAGUCCCUGAUUGUCUUUGGCAGGAAUGAGCAGUUCCUAUACUGGCCUCUAGCUGAUAUGAGCCGGAACUUCCUGUCAUGGCGUCGUCGCUGUCUAUGUGGGGGGGGGGGAGGGACGAGUUUCUGUUUAAUGCACAUAAUUUUUAUCUUCUACAUUAUGGAGAGCCUGGAUAGUCGACGUCGCUCCUCCAAAUGGGACCAGCCUAGUGUUUCAAAGGUUGAUGAUAUUAGAAAGAACUCGAUUGCGUUUGACCACGACAAAUAGCUACAAUUGGGGCGGGCGGGGGAUGUAACUAUUGGCUGACCUCAGUCUAGAGGGUUAUCUUUGCCACUGGCAUGACUUGAGUGAGCGUGGUCAAUAUACCUCGCGAGUUAAGCUCACCCGUGACAAAAAGGGCGUGGAAGAAGGUUACUGCCAUCGUUUAUUUUCAAAAUAAUUUCUUUUACAAUAAUUUCACAAUAGUUUGUGAUACGUUAAUUUCAACAUAAUUUCUGAUAUAAUAAUUUCAAAAAAGUUUUUCAUACGAUGAUUUCAAUAUAAUUUCUGAUACAACAGAUUCACAAUAGUUUUUCAUACGAUAAUUUCACCAUAAUUUCUGAUACAAUAAUUUUACAAUAGUUUUUCAAGCGAUAUUUUCAAAAUAAUUUCUGAUACAAUAAUUUGACAAUAGUUUUAUUAUGAUAAUUUCACCAUAAUUUUUAAUACAGUAAUUUAAAAAUAGUUUUUCAUGCAAUAAUUUCAACUUAAAUUCUAAAAAAAUUAUUUCAUUAUAGUUUAUCAUAUGUUAAUUUCAAUAUAAUUUCUUAAAUAAUAAUUUUGCAAUAGUUUUUCUUAAGAUAGUUUCAACAUACUUUCUGAUACAUAAAUUUCACUGUAAAGUAUGAUAUAAUAAUUUUACCGUACAUUAUGCCAUAUUUUCAACAUAAAAUACGAUAGACUAAUUUCACCAUAAAUUAUGAAACAAUAAUUACACCAUAAAGUAUGUUACUAUAAUUUCACAAUAAAAUAUGAUGCCAUAAUAUCAUUUAAAGUAUGAUACAAUAAUUUCAUAAUACUUUCUGGUUUGUAAAAGAUAAAAAAUUACGGGACGAAGAAAAACUUUCCAAACCGUGAGUUACAGAUACCUAAAGUGGCUGAUUAGAUACAGCCAUAACGUAAUCGAUUUGGCUCCGGAAUAUCGCUUAAUCGGGGCGGUGGUCGCUUCAUGAAACAGACUGAAAUUUAAUUAAGGAUACACGCAAUGACUUAGCUUGCAUGCUAAAAAUUUAAAAAAAAAAAUGAACUUUAUGUAGUCAGUCGUCAGAAAAAUAUGUAGACAUAUUGUCCUAGGAUUGGGAAAAAGGGGCGGGGGAAUAUCCCAUUCAUUCGCGAGUGCAAGUGGUAAAUUCAACUCUUCGACUCCGCAAUUUUCUUGAUAACAAUCAACUCUUUAGAUAAUGAUUCAUUUUUUUUUGUCAACAGUAACGAUGGCAAGUCUUAUGUCCAUAUAAUCUCCACCCCGAAUGGUAAGUGAGAAUAUAUAUUUCAAAAUUAUCAGUAGAGAUACAUUUUUUCUUCUAAAUAUCAGUAGUUUUGCUAACGUUCCUUCUUUAUUACGUUGAGCCCCUACUUAUGUAAUGUUUGCUAACGAACUAUUUUAAAUUAACUUAAUUUUCAUCCCUUUGAUUAGACACACUGUAUGUGUGCAGUAAAGAAUUCGUUAGGUAUGAUGUCAUGGUGUUUUUUGGGGACGCGUUAAAAAUCAUUUAAAGUUGUUUUAUUUUGUGGUUUUAUUUUUGGCUCACAAGUUGAGCAUUUCCCACUGGAGAGUUCGCCGGACGUAUUUUUUUUUUAAAAGACGACUGCUGCCUGGCAUUCUAGCUAUAUGCCUUGCCAAUCCAGCUCUUCCUUUAAAAAUUAGAAAUAACACAUGGACGCUGACAAAUUCAGCAUGUUGUAUGAAUUCUUUAUCAGGUACCCUUUCAACGUUCAUGCACAUUUAACUUAUGUGAAAGUUUUGAUUAUUUUUUAACUUUAAUCGGCUUCGUCUUAGAAAAUAUAAGUACAUUAAAAAAAAAGAUGUAAACAAGAUCACUACGCCCAUAGCCGUUGCUAAAAUUUGAAAUUAGUUCCACCCUUUGCGGACUAAGCUUGUUUGCUGCCUCCUCCACGAAAAUCUCUACAGGUGGACGAAAAUAACGAACAAAUGGGGCCCAUCACAGGCCGAUGCUCCCCCCCCCCAUCCGCACCCUUUUUAUGCGCCUUUUUAUGUCAUUAAGAAAAUUCAAGAUUUUGAAAAGAGCUUUUUAGAGCAUUAAAAAAAAAUAAUUUCUGAGACCAUGGCAUUCAAUAAUUUAAGUCCAAUUUUUUUUCCACAGCAUACAGUUCCUACACAGGUAUUUGGCCGUCGUUGGCAGGCACAAAUAUAACACUGGAUGAGAUUGAGGAUAAGUUUAACAGGUGUGUUAAACACCCUUAUUUAGGGGAGAUUAUCGGAUUAGAUUAUCUAUAUCUUUCAUUAAGGCUUUUAGGUAUUUCGAAACAAUUUUAUAAGACUUACCUUUUUGUCCCUAACAAUAUUUGAUUUUAAAUGUUGACUUAAAUGACCCCCUUCAUUUUGACACUAAGAACAUAACUUUGCAGCAAUGAAAUUUAAACCGAAACAUAAAUAUAUAUAUAUAUAUAUAUAUAUAUAUAUAUAUAUAUAUAUAUAUAUAUAUAUAUAUAUACAUCAAACAAAAACAAAAUAAGCAAAACACUUUGAGAACCACUCGUUAUGAAAGUGAUCGCCACAUAAUAAGAACCACUUAAAAUAUACAAGAAAUCUAAUUAAAAAAGAUUGAAAAAAAUAUUCCCAAAACACUUUGAGAACCACUCGUUACAAAAUCGACCCUCCCACUUUGAGAAUCACUCGAUAAGAUCCCCCUUAUCUCUAAUAAUAGCGAACUUGAAAAUCCGUCAAAAAUAUUACAUACGCAAUUGAGAACCCGUUCAAAAACAAGACCCCCACUACCAUUUACUUUGAGAACCACUACCCCACCCUCCCCUGAAUAAUUCUGGUAUACGUGUACAUUCCACGACCCCUCCCAUUUCCCGAUUAACUACCGACGGCCCGAAGCGUUUGGCCGCGGCUUCAAUGAUACGUCUCCACGCAGGUGCGCGGCCGGCUUCGUCGAUAAUGUUACACGCACACAGGCUUGUCGACAGAAAUUUAUGGUACCUAGGCAGGGCUGUCACGGGCGCCCCCGAGGUCUGAGCCUAUAAACUAUCUUUAGGCUUUAUGAGAAUUUUUAAAAAAAAUUUGACAGAUCGUAUACUUUGUACUGUUGUACACUUAAAUAAGGUAUGAUUUUAUUCAGUCGUUAUUUGAAAAAAAAAUUGUAUUUUAAAUUUAUGGUUUGAUGGUAGCCUAUAAUAUUCAACUCAGUUGUUUUCAAAAAUAAACUUUUCUCGCUUUGGCUGUAGCAAAAUCGUUAAUAAUAUCAUAGCCAGUGUGGGCGUGUUCAAAAUAGAGACUGGCACGGGCCGAAUUUACAAACCCCGGUCUCUCUGGUCGUGUCACGUGUGACUCGUGUACAAAAAUUGAUGUUUAUUUCAGCAGAAGAGAGUACUAAGACGACGGAUUGACGGAAUUGCAUAACAAUGAUAAAAUGGUAAAUAACUACGGCAAUAUUCAGAUGCUUGAAUUUUAAUCUGAUUGAAAUUCAUUUUAGUUAAGUUAUAUUCACAAAAGCAUAAGUAAUACAUUUUUUAUAGCUGAUCAUAAUAUUUUCAAAAGUUGAUUGCGGGCCCGGGCCGGGCCCCUAAAACUCGCCGGGCCCCUGGGCAUUUGCCGCCCCCCCCCCCCCACAAAAGCAUAAGUAAUACAUUUUUUAUAGCUGAUCAUAAUAUUUUCAAAAGUUGAUUGCGGGCCCGGGCCGGGCCCCUAAAACUCGCCGGGCCCCUGGGCAUUUGCCCCCCCCCCCCCUUCUCGGCGGACCUGCACACACACGUGUAGAAGGGUCACGUGUUCUUAAUAUCAACAGACCAUGGAAAUUUGGAAGAACUUUAUAUGACCUUAACCUCAAAAACCAACCAUCUCGCGACAAGACGACUUACUAGAAAAGUCAUUGUAAACAAAGACAAAUACUAAAAAAAAAAAAAAUAGGGAAAAAUCACAAGUCCUUAAGACUAAUAUUUCCUAAUACAAGGAUGAAAACCAGGCAAAAUAUAAACCACUAGACUACAAAUUUAAGCAACACACUACAAUAACUCUAAUUAGGACCCUACUUGGUCCUCAAAAUUGACAAGAAGAAGCUUAAAACUUCUGUGAUGAGUGCAAAACAUAAGCCACCAAAACUACUAAUUUAAAUAGCAUACGACAAAAACGCUAAUUUGGAACACACUCGGUCCUCAAACUUGACAAGAAGAAGCUUAAAACCACCUGUCCUGCCUACCGAUCUAUAUACAAUCAGAAAUUUUUGUUAGAAAAUCGACCGCGACAUAGUGAUAACCACUAAAAAUAAAUAAGAAAUUCACUCAAAACACUUUGAGAACCCCUAAAAAUGAGAAAUAUUUGAUUACUCAUCAAUAAAAUUUAAUAAACUUAUCCUGUUACAACAGAUUUAUUCCAUAACAAGAAAAAAGUCCUUAUGAUUCACACAUAAUGAGAACCAAUUAUUAGAAAAUCGACCCCCACAUACUUUGAGAUCCACUUAAAAUAUACAAGAAAACUAUUUAAAAAUAAAAAAAUACAAGACAAAAAUGACCCCAAUCCCUUGACAAUCACUUAAAAAAUACAAGAAAACUAAUUAAAAUCAAAUUACACAAUGAGUAUACUAAUUCUAAAAAUUGACAACCACUCAAUAGAAAAUUGACAACAACUCAAUAGAAAAUUGAGAACCCCUGAUAACAAAUUAUAUAAUAAUUACAAUCAAAACACUUUGAGAGCCACUCAUUAGAAAAUGCACAACAUUUACCAUCAUACUUUGAGAGCAACUUAAAAUUAUAUAAUAAUUAAAAAGAAAAAUAAUUGCCCAACAAUACAAAAAUACCCAAAUUACACAAUGAGCAUCAUAAUUAUAAAAAUUGAGAACAACGCAAAAGAAAAAAAAAAUUGAGAACCACUCAUAAUAAAAAUAUAUAAUAAAAAAGUGUCCUACAAGAACACGUGAAAAAUCUGUACAAUACUUCUUUUGUUAUCUUUUGUCUCUGACGUUGUCUGUAAAAUUAAUUUAAGAAUUUAAUCAAUAAAAAAAAAAUAAUUACAAAUUAAUAUAUUUACACUCGUAAAACAAUUCAAAUCAAUCAAUCAAAUUUAUCAAAAUAUUUACACUCGUACAACAACGGAAAUCAAUAACACUUUUACAACUGUACAAUAAUAAUUAAUAAAAUCAAAGGGAAGUAACUUUUAUUUAAAAAGAUAAUCAUAUGCUAAGCGUUUCCUUCACUAUAUACUACUGACAUAUCUACGGAUAAAUUAUAGGAAGAAAACAAAAACCCGGUAAUCAAUCAAUUGGUGAAAAAAUAAGCUGAAGUUCCUUCACGUCAUUGCAUUACUUUCUAAAGGUUGUAGAAAUCUUUUUCUUUAAAAUGAACCAUAAAAUAAAUAUUUUGUAAAACUCGAUCAGGGAAAUUGAGCGGAUUUUUUAAAGACUAUCUACUUAUUUUAUGCUGGCCGUUAUUUGAUUUUGUUAUAACUCUUUUGAUGUUGCCUAUUGAGCUUUAUUUAACUUUAAUCUGUAUAUUAUCCACACAGCCAAACACACAGCAACACACAGAGCCAAGCACACAUUAGUUCCCAAAGCCAACCCCAAAGCUGCAUGCAGAGCCAAGUACACAGCCGAACGUACAGCCAAUCAUACAGCUAACCACAAAGCAGCACCCAGAGCCAAGCACACAGCCAACCCCAAAGCAAACAAAAAAAGACAAUUGCACAUGCAUCCACACAACCAACCGAAAAUUAAAAAAACAGUGCCAAGCAAUCAUCAAUUCCUACAGCCAACCCCAAGGCGAAAAACGAAGUCAAGUACACAGCCAUCCACAAAAGCCACCCUCUUUCCCAGCAUAUUAAAAUUAUAUUUCAGAUGUAAAAAAAGGUCCAUUUCACAAAUCAGCGCAUGCCGAGAUGUUCACGCACAAUCUUCAAGAUACUGGAGGUCUGUUAGUAAAGGCUCCUGGACGGACGAUGAGGACUUUAAACGGAUGAACCUUGCAUCACAGUACGUCACAACUUCAUCGUUUUGUACUAUUUACUUGGAUUUCUUUGUAAUUGAGAGAAUGAAAAAGCUGCUAAAUAAUAUGUAACUGGCUAAGAAACUUUGCUUAAAGUUUACAUUCAUAUUAUAUUUACAAAUGGAGUAACAAGAAAUAUAUAAAAAAACACUACAACUUUGAACGCAAUGUGUUUUAAUUGAAGUUUUGUAAUCCAUUCGUUGUGUGCUCUGAUUCAAAAUUAAAAUACACACACAUGAACAUCUAGUACAAUUAACACCCUUGUUUUCAAAUGAAAAAAAAAUUAACUACAGACAAUACCAUUUGACAUUUUGUGGACAUGUGUGAAAGACCCCCUGUUGAUGCUUUAAACAUUCCUCGAUACGACAAUCCACAGCAAUAAUCAUUCAACUAUACACAGUGGAGCAUCAAUAUUUCGUGAACCACAGGGCAUCCCUUUCUGUUUCGAAACGUAUUAACAAAAGAGAUGAUGAAAAAAAAAAUUCACAUAAAAAACUAUAUAAUUUUAUGGACCGGACCGAAAGCGUAUACCAAAAAGUAAGGGUGACCCGGGGCAGAAAGCCCCUCUCAGUCCCUUCCUGGCCCCGCUACUGCGCAGUUAGGAAAUGUAUAAAUCAAGUUUGGGCAAAACUUGAGAGAAAUUGAAACAAAACGACUAUAAAAUGUAUAAUUAUUAUUUUUUGUUGCUUUUUAAUCGUACAUGGAAAAAAUAUUGCACAAACAGACACACACUUAAGCAAACACGUGUAAAGCAUUCAGUUAAUGAAAAACAAGGCCUAUCAAGGUGGUUUUAAUAUUUCUCCAAGUGCAUGUCUUUUAAUUUGCAGAGAAAAGCGUGGGUUAUUAAAAUAAAAUCUACUACAAAUCGUUUGAUAGAACGUCAAGAGGGAGGAAUACUUGCUUACGAUUUUAGAAUCAGCUUCAUAAUCUGCUAAUGCUCAUUUAUACAUCAUCUCAAUUUUGUACAGACGCUUCUUCGAUACCAGGCAAAAUAUUUACCAGUUAGUUGAACAGCACGUCAGUCGAACUCAAUGCCAACUCAAAUAUCUUUGCCAGAUGAAUUAUCUGAAUUUUCUACUUUUGAGCCACGACACAUUUCUGAAGAUUGUACCUCAUUAAGAGUGUACCUCAAAACCACAAGCACUGACAUUGUGCUACUGCUAGACCUACUGAAUCAACUACACUACUUGAAAAAAAUACUUAUGAAACCAUCUACAUCAGAGAGAAGUCAUAUGUUGUGUGUGCUUUAAGGCCUCGGAACAGCGCAUCAGUGUACAAACUGUAAGCGAUAUAUAUUUAAGUUAUUUAUGGUUCAUAGUUCUUAGAGUGAAGUUUGACACAGUACACGUGUGUUGUGCUAAAUCUGUUAUGAUAAGAAAAAAAAUCGAGAUCUGCCAAAAGUAUUGUUGAACAAGCGAGUAAAAUGAGUUCCAGCAAGUUGAAUUGGCCACUAUUGUGCGGGUUUCCGUUCAUGAUUGUGACAAAGGACUUAGUGCUGACAGACAAUAUAUUGGCUGUCAUCGUAGAUGUGCGGACGAUGUCUACAUCGCUAGGACACGACAGAAUAUUCACCAAAACAGCUUUAUACCACAUCUCAUUUUUCUGUGUUUUUAGAAACUUCAUUUUGAAAUUAUAAAUAAUUCCUGUGAUUAAACAAAUUUCACUCAGAUCAGCUACAACAGCACAAUGUACCGAAACUGGACAGUGGUUUAUUUAAUGCAACACAACAGUAUACUGGAACUGGACAAGUUUUUUUAGUGCAACACAACAGUCUAAUGGAAGUGGACAAAGGUUUGUUUAGUAAAACACAACAGUCUACUGGAGCUGGACAGAGAUUUGUUUAGUGCAACGAAACAGUCUACUGGAGCUGGACAAGGGUUUGUUUAGUGCAACAGAACAGUCUACUGGAGCUGGACAGAGAUUUGUUUAGUGCAACGAAACAGUCUACUGGAGCAGGACAAGUUUUUGUUUAGUGCAACACAACAGUCUACUGGAGCUGGACAAGAGUUUGUUUAGUGCAACAGAACAGUCUAAUGGAUGUGGACAAAGGUUUGUUUAGUGCAACACAACAGUCUACUGGAGCUGGACAGAGAUUUGUUUAGUGCAACGAAACAGUCUACUGGAGCAGGACAAGUUUUUGUUUAGUGCAACAGAACAGUCUAAUGGAUGUGGACAAAGGUUUGUUUAGUGCAACACAACAGUCUACUGGAAUUGGACAAGGAUUUGUUAGUGCAACACAACAGUCUACUGGAGCUGGACAAGGGUUUGUUUAGUGCAACACAACAGUCUACUGGAAUUGGACAAGGAUUUGUUAGUGCAACACAACAGUCUACUGGAAUUGGACAAGGGUUUGUUUAGUGCAACACAACAGUCUACUGGAAUUGGACAAGGGUUUGUUUAGUGCAACACAACAGUCUACUGGAAUUGGACAAGGGUUUGUUUAGUGCAACACAACAGUCUACUGGAAUUGGACAAGGAUUUGUUAGUGCAACACUACAGUCUACUGGAAUUGGACAAGGGUUUGUUUAGUGCAACACAACAGUCUACUGGAAUUGGACAAGGAUUUGUUAGUGCAACACAACAGUCUACUGGAAUUGGACAAGGGUUUGUUUAGUGCAACACAACAGUCUACUGGAAUUGGACAAGGAUUUGUUAGUGCAACACAACAGUCUACUGGAAUUGGACAAGGGUUUGUUUAGUGCAACACAACAGUCUACUGGAAUUGGACAAGGGUUUGUUUAGUGCAACACAACAGUCUACUGGAAUUGGACAAGGGUUUGUUUAGUGCAACACAACAGUCUACUGGAAUUGGACAAGGAUUUGUUAGUGCAACACAACAGUCUACUGGAAUUGGACAAGGGUUUGUUUAGUGCAACACAACAGUCUACUGGAAUUGGACAAAGGUUUGUUUAGUGCAACACAACAGUCUACUGGAAUUGGACAAAGGUUUGUUUAGUGCAACACAACAGUCUACUGGAAUUGGACAAGGGUUUGUUUAGUGCAACACAACAGUCUACUGGAGCUGGACAAGGAUUUAUUUAGUGCAACAGAACAGUCUCAAACAAAUGUUGUCGACAAACUAAAGCAUGCGUUCAAAAAAUAGGUCACUAAUUUUCGUGUUCAAAUAUAUAUUUUAAAUAAGGUGCUUAAUUUAAAAAUAAAUCAAUCCAUCAAACCUCCACUUCUCAAAUUUUAAAAAAAAAAUACAUUAAAAAUUGAACCUGGGUUUUUUAUAAAGCUCAUAUCACAACCUUUAAAAUGAUGUAUCUCAUAUUUUAUCCGACAAUUAUUUAAUGUUAGUCAAAUAAUCUAAUGAGAUAGUUAAUGCUAAGCCGCGCCAUUCUUUAGAAUGGCUUGAUUUUAACACGUUGUCUUUAACCCGUGGAUAAGUUUGGCCUCGGUGCCUUUCCUUUACCAUAUUGUUUAACAUUAUCGCAUUUCCGUGUUCUUGAAUAUUUUGUUAUGGAAUGAGAGUUUAACUGAUUUCAAUUUCAAAUUAAUGAAACUAAAAUACUAGUUGUGUGGAAAUCUGAAUAAAACUUACCACAAAUCAACAGCAAUAUAUUGAGCGUAUGUAAAGUAGGAUAAACCACUUCUAAAAUGGGAAACAGGGCUCAUUAUCUUUGUGUCGUACCACAACUAUUUAUUAAACUUGUUUAUUUUUCCACUGAAGAUAUCCCUUCGUAACCAGCUACGGAUUUUGAAAAGUUACUAUGUUGUAACAUUUGGAUGGUGGAAUGAACAAUGCGUAACAAACGAUGGAUAAAACCAGUAUUAAAAAAAAAAAGCUUUAGCCAAGAAAUGGUUACUAACAUUAUUCAAUUUAAUGAUACCAUUAAAUAUAUAUAUAUAAAACAAAUUCAAAGUAAGAGGAAAACAAUUUUUCGACUUAUAGCAAAGCAAGUAAAAAGAAACGCUAAUCGAAAAAAAAUACAUACACAUUUCAAUAUUGCAAUCAUUUAAAGGUUCGUGUGUUAUGGCACAUAGAAAAAAUCUCUCCAGGCUAGUAAAGCUGGAGGCCUAUAUAUCAGGAUUAAAAUCACAACGAUCUAGUUUUUAAAAAAUCUAGAAAAAGCGAUACCCGGUAGAAUUCUUUAAAACAAAUAGAACGAUGUCGAAUGUAAAAACCCUUUUCCCAGUCAAAGGAGGUGUGGGUAAGGAGUUACUCUGAACAUUUACUCAAUGACGACAACAUAAAAGCAAACAAAAAAUGUUCAGACAAUCUGUUGUGUUUAAAAAUGAGGCAUACACAUAUGUCAUAUUACCUUGUCACAUCGGUUCAUUGUUCAGUUUUAUCAAAUUGACAGACUAGGACCUUAUGAUUUUCAACUCAGUGCCUUUAAGGAUCUGAAAAAAAAACUGAACUUAAUAAAUCACGAAAUUUCAUAUACCUUUUUAAACAGGAUGUUUUAACGAUGACGUAUGAUAAAUACUCCAUCCAGGUGCUGUGCUUUCAAUCACACGGAGCUAAUGGUACCCGCGCCUCGUGCUGAACUGUAUCCAUGGGAACGGGAAUUGCUAUUCUUACCACCUCUGUGCAACUUGUCAGAUAUUGCUUCGGCUGAACGUUCAGUCAUAGAUCUGCUGACGGACACCAGUGACGGUUCACUGACAUUGGGGUCAGAGGUUAAAUUUAAGAUAUUUCUGUUCAAUGGUCGUGGAGAAAGAAGAACAAGUGGUAAGUUUAAAUGGACAUCAAUAUUCUUGAUAAACCUUUGAGAAAUGAUACAAUUUGACAACACACAAAAUACACACAAAAAAAAUUAAUAAGCCUAAUUUUGGGGAAAAAAAUAUGUGUCUCUACUUUUACCCCUCCACCAACUCCUCCAAUUGUUAGAUCGUUCACGAUGUUUUUGAAUCGAUUUCAGUCCUAAGCUUUCCCUUCUCACUCAUGUCAUUCUUGCUGCUAUUCUCAAUUUUUCGGGCGAGGUUCCUUGGAUCCAUGAUCUUCCUCUUUUGCUAAUGCUUUUUUGGAUACUCGUUUGGAGACAGUCCAGCAAUCUUGGUGUUCGGUUACAUCAGUGUACACCUAGUACAUCUUCCUUUCCAUUUUCUUAGAACCGUCGGGUGGACACUUGAACCCCUGUGGUCGCAGUUGACGCCUGGUAUAUAAGUAGUCUUCAGCAUAAUGAGGAGAAAACUAACACCUGUUAAAUUAAAUUAAAUGAGGGAAUAUGACUGACAAAAUAGCGAAAUUUUCUUUUCCAUUUUUAAAGCUAUUAGCGAAGUUAUGGUUAUAAGACAAAUAAUUCAUAUCUAUGCAAUAGGGUAGAAAAUGUGUUGUGGAGGAGACGGUCCACCUAUGGCAGAAAUAUUUUUUCUUUAUAUUCAGGGGUGACAUUUUCGGCCACAUGUUGUUGUUUUUUUGUUUUCGCGACGGGAAGCAAAAAAAUAUUGGUGCACUCCGAAAGGCACUUACCCUAGCUAUACCUUUCUAUCUACAAUAUUAAAAUUUAAAAAAAAAUGCAAAAAAAUUGCAAAAAAAAAAAUGUCUGUCAUUUCCUUUAAAUGUUUGAAUAGAGCAACGUUAAUUGCAUAUUGCACUUGUCCUCGAGCUUAUUUUUAGACUUCAUUACACGCAUCAGAGAAGUAAGGUUUUUUUUUUUUGUUUUUCUCUUUUAAUAAUUCACAUUUCUCGAUACCACUGAUGCCUGGAUAAAUCACACUAAAAGGCUUUGAACAAGGGCCGGAUAUCUUGAUUAAAAUAGAAUUUGUAUAUUAACAAAAUAAAUUAAACGUUACAUAUGAAAAUAGUAUACACUACUCGGCUGUGCUAGUUUUUCCAAUACCCUCUUUCGGACUGACGCUAUUGUUUUUAAUCUACGCCCAAUUCAACUGUUUAAAAAAAAAAACAUAGGUGGAGACAGUGUUUGGGUCUGGCUGGUCACUAGCGAACUCGGGGCGUCCAUCGCGGCUGACGUCGUAGACAACAAAGAUGGCAGCUACACGGCGUCCACCAUCUUGCCCUGGAGUGGGAGAGUUCAGGUCAAGGCCACCAUCUCACACCACAGGGAGCUGUUCAGGACAAUGCUCUACAUUCAAGUAAGUUGUGAUCUUUGCAGUCAUCCAACGUGAAGGCUGGGUCGGGGAAACGAAAAUCAGUGGUAACACUCACAAAGAUGUGACGCGUGGGGCGCCUGCACGGAUUCAUACAUUGUAGAGGCCCCAAAAAUAUUUCCUGAAAUCUCGAACCCUUUUGUUUUCCAAAACAAGUAAUUGAAAUGAAAUAAAUAAGUAUGAAACUAAUUCAACUAUGUUAGUUCUCCUUCUUUAAUUAAGUCCAGGAGUCAUGGAUAGUUAAAGAAUGGAUUUGUUGCUGUCUCACUGGAAUGUUUGUAGAGCGGAACUUCGAUGAUGUUCUGGUGGUUUUGUUUUUUUUUGUGGUCUUUUGGGGGUUUUUUGGGUUUGUUUGGGUUUUUUUUUUUGACGCGUGUGUAUAAUUGAAUGUUUCACGUGGGCAUUUGAUGUAUUCAAUUAUUUUGUCUUCAAUUUCAAGCUUCUCAAUAGUUUGCCCCAGAUAUUCCCGCGGGUGAUUAUAAAAUGUACCUCAUAGUCAAUGUCAAAAAAAGGUGUGUGAGUAUGGGGUUUCCUUUGUAAAAUGUAAUACGCAUAAACCUAUUACCUUAUCUGCAAACGACUUUCAUAAAUCUUCAUGUGCUAUGUUUUCCAUUCAUAAAAUUUCUACUAUGAAACAACAUUUCAAGACAGAUUUUAAAAAAUGUAACAAACAAACAAACAGUUCACAAAAAGUCAUUCUUGGUUUUACUACAUCUCAAACUUUUGUAAAAGUAAAAAAAAAAAAAAAAGGUUACUUACAAAGUGAAAUCAUGUAUUUUAACGACUGCUAUAUUUUAUUAAAGUACGUUUAUUUAUAAACAAUGAAACUGCUUACUAUGCGAGUAUGCAUGUUAAUAGAAUCUACAAUACUAUUGCAUUAAAUAGAUUUAUACCCUAAUAUAAUUGCUGGUGUUUGUGCAUUGCAAUUUAUUUAUUUAUUUAAAAAAAUUUUUUUUUUGCUUGAAGUGUAAUGAAGGUGAAGACAUGGCAGGAUGAAAUACACAAGGAGUUGUCGGAAUUUGUUUUCAUCGAAAUUUAGCAUGUCCCUUCCAUUGAGAUUUUUCUCCUUAACUGGGCUGUAAUGGGAAUUGAACUCCACAUCAUUACUUAAGAUUUAGACCACUCGGCCACCCAGCACACAUAUGUUUGUCAUUGUUAUUGCCAUUAAUUAACACAUUAAAAGUACACACCCAUCAUGAUAAUGACCUUAACAUUGAUUUCCUGUCCUCAAUUUUCGAAGCGCUUAUUCACAACCACCCACUGGUUCACCGGGAGAUUUAAGAACGACAGAGGCUCAGAGACGACUCCCUGUUCCCCUCUUCCGUUUCUCCCAGGAUUCCCUGAGCCGGAAGUGUGCAACUUGACAGACGUGAACGGCUUCCCUUGGUUCUGUGGGAAGCCGGCCAAAAAGGAUCUCCUGAAUGUAAGGGAUUAGAUUAUGGAUGUCUUUAAAAAAAAUUGAUGAAACGUUCCACCGUCCCUAAUCCUAACUUAGAUUUUGACAAAUAACCGCAAACAUCAGAUAAACAGCAAACUAAAACGAAAGUAUAAAUAUUGAAGAAGAAAAGCAGAUAAUGUGAGAUUUACAGGGUCAAGUGUGUAUUUUGUUUAUUUUAAAAGUUUUGUAUUAAAGAUCAAAUACAAACAAUAUAAGACCUUCUAAUUCUCAAUCUGUUGUAUUCUUUCGUCACAGUGUUCUGACUUUACAUCGUCCAAAAAACUAAAUAUCCCGAGUGAUUUCCCAUUGACUGAGGCUGAAGAGGAACUCAUAAGAAUGUGGGAAACGUGAGUUGUGUACUUUGAUACUGUUUUAUUUUUUUUUAAGCUCCGGGCCGACCAGAGCUUCUUCCUCUCUUCUUGUGAAAGUAAAGUUUUUAUUUUGAUAAGUAAAUGUUUCUCAUUUCAUCAAAUAAAAUUUGAUUAUGUCUUGAACUUAACGGAUCUCAUCUAAUUAAACUAGCGAUUCUUAAUUUUAAGAUUUCAAUAUGAAGAAUAUGUGAUAAAGGCAGAUUCGACACAUUUUUUCCGCAUGUACCUUAAAUUCAAACAGAAAAAUAAUUAUUAAAAACAUCUUAUAUACAUUUAUAGCCCCGUAAUACGUUUUCAUGAGAAAUGUUUUGUUUUUUCAGGAAAAGACCGUUCAUGAUUGCUAACAAAAUAAUCAUAGAUGUCUUACCAGGUACGUUAAUAACAUUUACCGGUUAUACAUCCAUUGCAUGGUUGCCACAAAGUCUGGACAGCUGUCACAUAUUCACGUUAAAAAUUUAAGACUGCUAGGAAGUCCAAAGUUUGGCAGUUUGAGGGACGGAUGAUUAUUGCGGUAGUGUGUACUGAUUGAACUAUGUACGCAGAUUGUUAUGUUUUGUUGUCAUGUUGUAAGACUGGGCAUUUUUGAGUCGUUUUCAUGAAUGUUUAAACUUAAAUAUAAUGUGAUUAUUUUGACGAAAACUGGUGUUGGUGGACAUGUGAUGUGGGUAUGAAAGGAACGUAGAAUGGUGAAUAAAAGUUAGUUGUUACACAGAACAAAGACUUGCGUUAAUAUUUUUAUUAUUCUUUUACAGAAUUAUUCGGAAAGAUUAGUUGAAGAUUAUAAUACAGACAUUAUUAUCUGUAAACAGUUGUAAUUUUGUGCUAAAUAAUAAUGUACAAUACUUUACUUUACUUGUUAUUUAUUAUAUGAGAAUUACUUCUUCACAAUAUACCUAUAACAUUUCAAAUGGCACAGUUUAUAUAGAAAGUUUAUUAAAGGAAGUUAAGUAUAGGAAGUUUAAUAUAAGAAGUUGAGAAUAUAAAGUUUAGCAAAGGAAAUUUAGUAUAUUUAAAAAAAAAUAGAAAUUGUAGUAUAUUGAGUUUAGUUUAGGAAGUUAAGUAUAAGGAGUUUAGUAAAUAAUGUUUAGUAUAUACAUUUAAGUAUAGAAAGUAAACUAUUCCAAAAAUUAGUAUUUUAAUAUUCAUCGCCAAGGCUGUUAUUUUUAUGUAAAUAUUUUUUUGUUAAAAAAAAUGUAAUUAGUUAAAAAAAUAUUAAAAAUAUUACGGGUAAUUAAAUUAAAAAUUCCGCUGCGAAUUAAACCCAUACAGACACACAUGUUUUCCCACAACCUGAUCUUCCUUGCAACAAACGGAGCCUUUCAUUAACAUUUGAUGAGGUCAACUCUUCCGGUUUCUUCUACAACAAAACCUGGAGGCCUCUUGCCUGCCAACUCCCACGUGUUGACAAGGAGUUCCUCCGGACGUGUUUAACAAAUACCCAGGUGAUUUAUUUGGUCAUAUCUCUUCUUAGAGCAUAAUCCGUUUCACUGUCUUAAGUUGAGAAAAUCCAUAGGCUUGGCAUUACAAUGUAUUUACUAACCUCAGGUCAAUACUAGGUAACCGCAGCUGGUGAGCUCAAGUAUUCAAACAUGAUCAGACUCCGCCAACAUAAUUGAACCCCCCAGCAUAAACUAGCUGACCUAUAUCCCCCCAACCCAGCAUAAUCUAACUCCCCCUAGCAUAAAACUAGCUGCCCCAUAACUGCCCCAUAACUGCCCCACCCAUCAUAAUCUUAACACCCAAGCAUAAACUAGUCCCCAUAACUGUCCCACCCUGCAUUUCUAACUCCCCCACAUUGCAUAAUCUAAAUCUCCAUUAUAAACCAUCCCCCAUAAUUCCCCCACCCUGCAUAAUCUUACUCCCCCAGCACAAAGUAGCUGCCUCAUACCUUCCCUACCCAACAUAAUCUAACUCCCCAAGAAUCAUAACUCCUGCCACCCAACAUAGUAAGCCCGCGAUUUGGCGAAGAGAACUCACUGAAUUUAUUAUAAACGUCUUGUCUUCAAAAUGUUUUAUUUAUGUGCUGAAGAUGCAUAAUGCAAUCAAAAAACAUUUCCAUUUAUUUGGAUCAAUGAAAUAAUCUUAUCUUAUCUUAUAAUCUAACUCUCUCAGCAUAAACUAGCUACCUAUAACUCCCUCACGAAACCUAAUCUAACGCUAUCAGGAUCCCACACCCAUUUUCCCGAUGUUAAACAUCACACUACCGAUCUCAAUUGCUUGAACAUCGAUCGUUAGUUCAUCAUCCAGCAUUAGAUAUGUAAAAUAAGAGAUGACGUCAUCAAUCACCUCUUGCCACUUCCCUAUUUUUGAAAGAAAAUGAUUAUUAUUUCAACGCUAGCAAUUAAUGUAAUGUAAAAUUUUGAGGAUAUAUAACAAUAGAACGUUGCAAUAGCUUUUGGUAAUUUUUAUUGACAGAAGCUGCUUCUAGAAGUAGAACUAGGAUUAUUUUUUGCAUCCCCUGUAUUUUUACUACUGGAUGCAAUCCCCUAGACAGUUCCAAGGUCAAGAACCUUUGUACUUUUUAUGACAGGUCUCUUCGCAGUGUACUUAUUUCAUCGUUGUUUGCUUUGUCUCGUGUCUAAACAGAUGAUUAUUAUCGGGGACUCGAACUCCAGAAAACAGAUGGACAUCUUGACGAAAAUGGUUGAGUGCACGGACCAAAUCAAAAGAACACGGGUGAGCUCGAUAUCGCCGAGUGCAGUUUGGACACGUCAACUGUGAGAGACUUGGUCGUUAAAUCAAUAUACAAUUAAAGAAAUUCCAUGCCAUUAAUAGAAAAACUUUAACGAAACUAUAGUGGAGUGUUGGUAACAACGUGCAACGUCAAUACAUUGGAUUAAGACAAUGUCCAGAAGAAUUACAAAGAGAAAGAGUACGAUUUAAACAGAAAUAAAUAAACAAGAAAUAAACAUUCAGAGCCAUAUGUAAAGCUUCAUUUCGAAUACAUUUGAACGUUGGAAACCAGAGCCUAAUUAAAGUGCCCCUAAAAAAAAAAAAAAAAAAAAAAACAGAAAUAAAAAAACAAGAAAUAAACAUACAAAGCCAUAUGUAAAGCUUCAUUUCGAAUAAAUUUGAACGUUGGAAACAAGAGCCUAAUUAAAGUGCCCCUAAAAAAAAAAAAAAAAAAAAACCCUGUUCGUAUCAAUCCUUUAUAUGCAUUUUAAAAAUUAUUUUAAUUAAUAUUAAUAUACUGAGUGCCUCGAUCUCUUUUACACGGCAGAUUUAUUUCUUAAAAAUCUAUUUGAUGAAAAAAGAAAUGAAAAUACGACGCACCAAAAAAAAACAAAAAAAACGCACUUUCGAAAUUUUCUUUUUUAAGUAUCUUAUUGAGCAAAGGUAUAGGGAAUUUUAUAUCAUUAAAUUAGAAACAUUUUUUUUUGCAUCUUCCCUUUGAAAAAAAUAAUAAAUUAUCUUUGGGGUUAGGGCUGGGAUCGAAAAGUUACUUUUAUUUAUGGAUUUUUUUUUUUUUUUGGGGGGGGGGUGGGGGGUUAAUUAACAUAAUAUAACAAGGUAUCUAUCUCUGAUCACAGGUGACCUGGCAUGCCCCACUGAGGUGUGACGUGGACGACCUGGGCUUGUCCAUCAAGUACUACCCACACAAAAUGCCAUUCUAUGGCACAGAGGUAAGGAUUGUAAUAAGGAAAAACUAUAUAUAUAUAUAUAUAAAUCCCUAGGAAAAAAUGAUCGGGAAUUAGGAGGAAAAAGGGGGGGGGGAUACUUCACGGGAACGAUUUCUCUACAUUAAAUGUUUUAGGAAUCAAGCACAGCUACAUUGACUACCUUAACAUUCCAUCCCUCUCUCCUCUCUCUCUCUCUCUCUCUCUCCCCCUCUCUCUCUCUCUCUCUCUCUCACUCUUCUUUUCCGGAUUAAGCUCCUCACAUUCUCGCUUAUUGACAGAUUCAGCAAUGUUUGAGAAUAUUUUAUAAUUGUGAUGAAGAAAAUGAAAAUGAGUGAAUGUUUUUUAAAAUUAUUUUGUGAAACUAUUCCUAUUUAGAGUCAAGCUUUUAUGCCCUUAUCUUAAUUUUUUUUUUAUAUUUAUUUAUUUGACAAAGUUCUGUAGUCUAAAUUGGUUGAUCAUUCUUCCCGAUACAAUUGUCCAGGAAAGAUGAUUUGAUAAAAGAACUACACAGAAGUUAUUUUUUUUUAACAUUCACAUUUCUUUAUCGCUAAAAAAUUCUUAAUCGUGCAUUUAAUUGCAUGUAAUUAUUUUAAAUCCAGUUCAUCUGACUAUUACAGAAAAAGGUAUUAGCUCUAUCAAUGUUUUGAACAUAAUCAUAUUCCUAUAAUGACUUCAGGGUGAAGACUUGCCCAGCCACGUCCUAUACUCAUCCGUCUCACAGCUGGACGCCAUCCCAGCAGACGGCAAGUACCUCGUCCAUCUGCACCAAUUCAUUCACCUGGUUGGUUUUCACUUGUCCAUCGCCGAGCACCAACUGCGCCAGAUACGCAAGGCCAUCGAACGGCUGAUGGCCAGGAAUCCUCACGUGAUCGUCGUCUACCAAUCAGCGUUCACGUUCAUCGAACGGGAAUUCAGAAAUAAGCACAAGAUGAACGUUUUCCUCGUGCAAAUGCAGAAAGACAUUCUCCGAGGUCUGGGCGACCGGGUGAUGUUUAUGUUCACCUGGCCGAUAACCCUAGCGGCGGAAAACACGUAUGGGCAUCCGAUGAUCUCGGAUCAGUUUACAAAAUAUUACAUGGGUCACGUUUGUGGACGUUGGUGAUGGGAUCUUUAAAGUGGUAAAGUAAAGUAAGAUCUUUAAAGUAAAAUUUAAAGUGGUAUUUUCUUUUGGGAAUCUUAUUCGGCCUAGUCAAUGUCAAAGCUGCUUUCGAUGAGGGUAAAGGUUUCCUUCUCAACGUUUAAUCUACAUCUUGGAUAGUAGUAUAGUACUUCAUGUUUGACUCGCAUUUUCGAGGCGUUGGGUGAGCAAAUAAUAAUGGGGCGCACCUCCGGCAUUAUGUAUGAGUAAUGGAGGCGCUAGAGUCGGGAUGAUCAAUAAAUUAAUGUGUUAUAGUUAAAUGUUUAUUUUAAAAAAAAAUUAUGUCAUUUAAUAAUCUCGUGUGGUUUGUGUGAAAGGAUUUUAUUAUUAUCUUUUAUAUUGAUGGAUUUUAAAUAAUUUAAUAGGAAUUUAGCUUUCUUGUAGUGUGGAUUUUCAAAAGGUAUUUAAUUAUUGAUAUUGAAGUGUCAUACAUUUAUACAUUUUUUUUUUAAUGAGUG